AUGGCAACAGUCACAGUCAACGCAGAGAGGAGUAUGGGUGGGCAGCCGGAGGAACGCGUGUGCAUGUGCGUGCUGUUUGGUGAGGUUGUUAAGCACAAGCACUUAUACGUGGCUUUAUUCGGCCAGAACUACUAUGGUGCUGCCGAGGCAAUCCUGCCCGAUAGCCCUCUGGGUUUGACCUGUGGCAUGGUGUGUCCCACCUCUGAUCUGUGUGUGGGGGGAUAUAACCUCUAUGCUUCUGAGGAAGACCUCAUCAAUAUUGGUGGGCUGCAGCAGUUUCCUACUGAGUUCCGUUUGCCCUAUGAGGUGGUGCAGUUUGAGAUUGAUCUGAUGAAGGAUCUUGGUGUAAAGCUGCCAAAACUGCAUGGGAAUGUGAACGUCCUAGGCCCAGGAGAUACAGCGUUUGACUGCGCCACCUCUGCUCUCUGCUGUGGAGCUUGACGAGUCUUUGUGGUCUUUAGAAAGCGCUUCACCAACAUUCACGCUGUUCCAGAAGAGAUGGAGGUGGCCAAAGAGGAAAAGUGUGAGUUCCUGCCCUUCCUGUGCCCUUGUGAGGUAAUCAAGAAAGAUGGGCGUGUUGUAGGCCUGCGUUUUUGCCACACAGAGCAACAGGAUGAUGGGACCUGGGUUGUUGAUGAAAAAAUUGUCCACCUGAAAGUACACUUCAUCAUCAAUGCCUCUGGCUACAUGUUGAACGAUCCAGAAGUGAAGAAGGCCCUGGAAUCAGAAAAGAUGAACGGAUGGAGGACACCUGAGGUGAACAGUGAAACCAUGCAGACCAGUGAACCCUGGGUGUUUGUCGGCGGAGACAUCGCCGGCUUGGCCAACACCACCGUGGAGUCUGUCAACGAUGGCAAACAAGCUUCCUGGCACAUACACAAGUACAUCCAGUCCCUUCAUGGUAACACAGUAAGCACCACUCCCAAACUGCCCUUGUUCCACUGCGCCAUCGAUACAGUGGACAUCAGCCUGGAGAUGUGUGGGAUUAAGUUUCCUAACCCGUUUGGGCUUGCCAGCGCCCCACCCACAACCAGCACCACCAAGAUCCACAGAGCCUUCGAGCAGGGUUGGGGCUUUGCCCUCACCAAAACCUUUGGCCUGGACAAGGAUUUGGUGACCAAUGUGUCACUGUGAAUUGUUCGUGGGACUACCUCAGGUCACAUUUUCGGUCCAUUUUCGGGCUCGUUCCUCAACAUCAAGCUCAUUAGUGAAAUAACAGCCGCCUACUGGUGCAAGAGCAUGGCCGAACUCAAAGCCGACUUCCCCAAAAAUAUUAUCAUUGCCAGUAUUAUGUGCGGCCACAACCAAGCUGACUGGACUGAGAUGGCAAAGAUGGCUGAGGCCUCUGGCUCUGAUACACUGGAGCUGAACCUGUCCUGUCCUCAUGGCAUGGGAGAGAGAGGUAUGGAACUGGCCUGUGGGCAGUACCCUGAGUUGGUGAGGAACAUCCGCCGCUGGAUCAGAAAGGCCACCACCAUCCCCUUCUUUGCCAAGCUCACACCCAACGUCACCAGCAUCGCUGACAUCACCAGAGCCGUAUAUGAGGGCGGGUCAGAUGGAGUCACAGCCACCAACACUGUAUCUGGACUGAUUGCUCUCAAAGCCGACGCCACACCCUGGCCUGGGAUUGGCAGAGGCGCGAGAACUACAUACGGUGGCGUUUCUGGUAAUUCAAUCCACCCCAUAGCUCUGUGUGUGGUGUCAGCUUAAGCGAAAGUUCUUCCUGGCUUCCCGAUCUUGGCUACAAGAGGUAUUGACUCGGCAGAGUCUGGAUUACAGUUCCUACAAUCUGGAGCAUCUGUUCUGCAGGUGUGCAGUGCUGUGCACAACCAGGACUUCACAGUGAUCGAGGACUACUCUUUAGGCCUGAAGACACCGCUGUAUCUGAAAAGCAUAGAGGAGUUGCACGAUUGGGAUGGCCAGUCUCCUCCCACCUUAUGCCACCAGAAGGGCAACACCGUCCCCCGAGUGGAGGAGCUCAUCAGAAAGGCUAUUAAGUUUGACCCUGAGACCCAUCUUCCUGUAAUCACGGACAGCUGCACAGGCUGCACUCUUUGCCUGAGCGUGUGCCCCAUCAUCGACUGCAUCAAAAUGGUUACCAGGACAACACGGUACGUGCCCAAAAGGGGCCUGCCUGUUAAUCCCGUUUGCUAAAGCGCACGGUCGCUCCACCUGACCGGAGAGAGAGAGAAAACCAAGGAGCCACCUCUCAUUCAAAGCAUCGAUUCCACUUCUAAUUGCUGUGUGAAAAAUUACCUUUAUUAUGAAAACGAAUAAUUAGCCCGCAGAAAUAAUUGCUUUAUAUUCCCAAACCAGUUAUGCUAGAAUAAUUGUGCUGGCACAAAAAGAGUUACAUUAUUUCAAAGCAGCACAGUGCAACAUUAUUAUUUGUCCCUUUAACUAUCAAAAGAGAGAGGGAGGACUGAUUGAGA